UGUAAAGGAUGGGAUGGAAAUGAAGGCGAUUACAUGACGAAGCGGAGAGAGCGAAUCGCUGUUGCUGCCUGGGGCAUCAAGUCCACCCCCCCGUGACUCGAUCUUUUUGCCCGCGUAGAUCAUAUCAAACGAAUCUAGAUAGCAGUUUGAUACGCGGGCAAGGCAUCACAACCAUAGAUUCAACUACAUAUCUCUGUGAUACAUUCGCUUUUGUUUGUUACUUUAUUUCUACCGUAUAUUCGAUCUUAUAGCAGACCGCUUUUGCUUGACAUCAAUUACACCAUCAUGUCUAAGCCACCAACCCAAUAUGUCAAGCGCAUUAACCAUCUCCUCAAACACUGGCCCGCUGAUCUCGUCCGCCCAUCCUCCGUCUCCGUUCAUACAUACCUCCAGUCCCACCUUCCUCAGACCCCAGAAAACCCUUCGAAGCAGCCGCAACGACAGCCGCCUCAAUCACCCUCUCUGCCUCUGUCGGAAAACUCGCUAAAUGCACUGUCAUCGCUACUGGAAGACCGUUAUGCUAGAAAGUACCCAUUGUCACCUAACAUCCGGCGGCCGAAGAGUAAUCCGGACCAUUACGAUAAUGUGAUUAAGGAAUUCUCGGAGGCUCCGUCACGAGAUUUCUGGGGAAGAGUGGGCGCGAGAUUGAAGGGUCUUUUCAGAUUCAGCUAGGUUCGUGCGUUAUUGGAAACUGAGGUUGGGUUGGGGAGUUUGUGUAUACAAUUUGUACUAUUACUUACUGCGAUGGGCAUAUGGAUUACAGAAGAUUACUCUCAUCGGUGACUUUUUUGUUUUCCACUUUUAGUUCGAUGUACAACUACUCUUUAAAAA